UGUUGAUGAAAACUACGCUCACGGAAAAUAAUAGGAGGAAUGCGCGAACCUCAACGCCAGUAUCCGACCAAUAAACUAGCCAAAAAAGAACUAAAUCAGAGAAUAUAAGAAUUGUUAGAGCAAAACGUUAUUAAGGAGGUAAAAUCUCCAAUAAUUAAUAGCCUGAUUCAAGUUAUUGAACCGGACAAUACAUUUAGAUUAGUGACUAACUUCACGGCUUUGAACAGAGCUAUUAAACCGGACAAACGGUGUAAUAAAUGCACGUAAUAGGCAGCAUUAAGCGAGUGAAAGAAAUGCAAAUUUCUGUUGGAAAUAGGUUUAACAAAGAGGUCAACACCGCUAAUAGAGGCGAGUCAGAAAGAAAAGGAAAGCGUUUUCAGUUAACAAUAAAUUAUUGUAAAUUUCUGCAAGUAUUUAAAAAGCUCAGUGGUAUUUCAGAGCGUAAUGAGGGAUAUAUUAAGACUUACCGGUAGAAAUGUAUAUCGUUGACGUCCUAAUAAUAUCCAACAAUGAGAAACAACAUACUUAAAUAUUUGAUCAAACGCUGAAGAAACAAGCCGAUGCACGUUUAAAAUAAAUAAAUAAAUAAUAAACACGAAUUAAUGACAGAGAUGGUUGAAUUUCUGGUUUUUUUUAUACAAACAUGCAACCGUGGAAUUACGCAAAUGAGCGCAACACCGUCAUUAAGACUCCGAACAUCGUAAGACACGUUCAAGAAAAAAUAGUGGGUUGGUAAAAUUUAGCCAAAUGGCAAAGCCACCAUAAAAGAAAAGCAAAUUGCAAUUGACGCAAGAAGCCGAGCAUUGCGCAGCUUACAAACGGUGAUUUAGACUCACUCAGGCCAGCUAGAAGUAAAACAGACGAAAAAGCCUUUUAAGAUGAUCUUGAAAUCGAUCAAAUUGGUUAUCAGUAGAUAGCUAGAAAUUCUAAAAACAGUAUGCUUAUAAGAAUUUUAACUGGAAGUUGACAAAGGCCGAAUUAUAAUUUAUUUCUGUAGACAAGCUUAUCAGCGCUAGUAAAAAUAUAUCCUGAAUUACUAUCGGAAAGCAGAUCUUUGUAAAAUUCGGAUAAAUUAGUCAUGGAGCAUCUGAUUAAAGACUAAAGUAAGGUUGCGAGAGCAUUGAAUUCUCGAUGGCAGAUGUGAAAAUAGACUUUUAGAUCCAAAUUUAAAAAUCAGAAAUAGAGAAAAAAAUGAAAUGUCAGAAAACCCUUGAAUCUGUUUAAAAGCAUUGUAGUUUAUAAGGAUGGUUCUAAAGCACCAUAAGGAGACAACGCACGUUAGGCGUACAUUAAGCCGGAAAAACAGUAGGAUCGAGAAAGUGUCAAAGGAACAAUUAGCUGAAGCUAUUGCAAUCGUAAAAUCUUUAGAGAGGUUAAGAGACUUAAAAAGCCAACCAAUUUGUCCUGGGAAUAAAUAGUUAAUACGUGGGAAAAAGCUUAAAUGAGGAUUUAAGUAUUAAGAAUAAAUUAAUAAAGGACAUAAGCGUAACAUCAACAUGGACAUUCAAAAGACAAUAGCGAGAUGGCUUUAAGCAAUAACGAAACUAACAGACUGGCUAGAAAGAGAAGAAUAAUUGUGCUUAGAGAGGAUGAGAAUAAUAUACAGAAAAUAACUACAGAAAAUUAAUCUUAUUUUACAACAUCUGAGCAUGAACUUAAUAGGUAAAAUCUUAACAAAUAAUAAAAUGCACGUUUCUAAAUGAAGGAAGAAAUAUCAGCGGAUCAGAUUGCUAUGUGAGAAUUGUAAGAAGAGGUUAUCACAAGUUAAGUAGCAAUUCAUAAUGUAGUAUAUUGCCAGAGAAAUUAAUGAGAAAUUAAUUUGUUGCCGAAGAAUAAGUUAAAUAACAAAUAUAUUUUGGUUAUUGUUGAUGGCUCUACAGAAUUUUUUUUUUUUUUGAUAAGGCACUAAUUCCAGAAUGACAAUAAAAGCAGUACAGGAACAGACUGCGCAAGGGAGACUAAGCAGUAAAAGGAAAGAAUAACACUAGUUAUUUUAUCGGCGGAGAGUUAAAAAAAAAAAAAAAAAAAAAAAAUACCCGCAAAAAAGCACAUGAAAUUAGCCCGGAGAAUAGAAGAAAUAAAAGAAUAUUUCAGGGCAAAUGCGAACUAACGCAAGUGGGAUUCAUUUUAAGAACAGGCUCUGUAUUAUAUUAAUUCAACAAGCGUUGAAAGAAAAGAAAAACCGACAUUGGAACGUAACAGAAAUUGCUUUCCAGGACAGAACGUCUAUAUAAGGUUAGUUCACAAGGAUAUGAACAAACCAUUUAAUGACCAUUUUGCUAAGAAAGACACGAUCGUGAAAGUAAUUGAUAAUUACACGAUUGAGUUAGAAAACAAUGGAAUUUGGUCCAAAAGACCAAAUCUCGUAUUUAUCUAAAUUGACCAUUGUCCCUCGACAAGCAGACGCCUGCUGUGAAAGACGCAUAGAGUGUGUCGGUGCUGGGACAAAGAGGUCAUAAAACCCCCGAACUAAUGUUACCCACGAAAAGGCAUUAACGAUUAUAUGGUACUGGGGCAUGAGAUUUUGGUAAGUAUAGGGUUAGGAUGAGCUUUAAGAAUAAGUAUGAGACCUGGCUGUCAGACAACGUUAAACAAAACUUGAACAUCUACAAUGAGCCACAAGUAUAAAAUAAAAAAGGUAAUAAAAAUCGGUAUUAAGCUGAAACAUAUUAUAAAAUGUAGUCAACCAAAGACUCCUUGAAGGGGGUAAUAGAUAUAUGAUCUUGAAGGAGACUUUGGUUGACUCUGACAACGCGAAAUUGACGAUGGCAAAUUGAAGCGUAACAACUUAGCAACUAAAUAAUUUGAACCAUGACAACUUCAUUUGACCAUGACAAAAGUGAAACAAACUGUUUCGAAUUAAAGAAUAAAAAAUGGAAAAUGAGAGUAAAGGAAAAAAUGCAAAUGGAAAAUGAAAGUAAGAAAAAAAUGAGAAUGGAAAAUGAAAGUAGGGAGAGAAUAAAAGAUUGAAAAGUAGAAGAGACUAAAAUAACUCUCUUAUAGAUGCCACGGGAGUGCAUUAGUCUAUUGCAAUUUGGAGAUAUGCCAAAAAAGUGUGUAGACACACAUUUAAGUAUAUGUAAGAAAAUAUACAAUUGGCAAUAGCAUAAUGUUUAGAUACAAAAAUGUAUUAAUGUAGACAAUAAGAAUAUGCACCCCUGAAACAGGCAUACUGGAGUUGAUGUAAGUAUAAAAUACAUUGAAUGUAAUAAGAUAAGAAAGCAAUGAUGAAAUAGAAAAAUCAUUGGCUAGCAUUUGAAUGAGUGAGGAGUGAAGACUAAAAUAAUUUGGAGAAGGACCUAAGAUGAAAUCGCACUGUGGAACAUUUCAGCCUGGUUGAACUUGGAGGUGAAAGUUCACCUACUCUGCCUUCGAAAUGUGAGUAGAACAACAACAACAUACGCUUUACUGCAGCUCACAAAUGGUUAAGACCACGUGUGGGGUUAAGUUAGUCUCUUUGGAAACUUACUAUAUCUAAAAUUUGCCAUGAUUGUUUGAUUUAAAUAGAAGCAGUAAAUACAUAAAACUUAUUGAGGCGGUUAUGUUCUACAGUGCACUACAGGUAUAAAGUAUAUACAUUAAAUAAUUGUAUGCUGAAGUGAAAACUAUAAAAAGUAUUCAUGAUAAUUAAAAAGAGUUAUCAAGAUAAAAUGCAUAUUAUCAUCUUGGAGAUCAAAUAUAUCAAGCAGGAUAUAUAUUCAUAUGAUUUGGACUAGAAAAGUAACAUUAAAAAUGUAUUUAGACUAAUUUGGGUUAAAAUACUGACAUGAUGGGGCAGUGGAUAAGACACAUGCCUUUGGUGUGAGAAACCUAGGUUCGAGUCCACUGUGACACACCAUUGUGUGCCUGAGCAAGAUACUUAAUCCCUAGUUGCUCCAGAGGCGUGCGACCUCUGACAUAUAGCAAUUGUAAGUUGCUUUGGAUAAAAGCGUCAGUUAAAUGAAUGAAUGUAAAUGAUGUAACAUAAACACCAAGAGCAUUAUGCAUGAUGGUAAAAAGAAUAUUUGAAUAAAACAUUUCCAUUGGACAUUUGUAACUAAACAACAAAGAAUGUUACUUGUUAAAUCUGUCCCAGGAGUAGGUAAGAAAGAAAGAGAAGUUUCACACAUUCUCUGGAGAUCGUAAACCAGUCAGAGAUGUUGUGAGGAUUGUUUUAAAGACACCACAGCUUAGCCUUUUGCUGAGUAUGUGUUGGGUGGUACAUAAAGUAAAAUUAAUUAUGACUAAUCUACCUCAGUUGCUACUUAAAUUUAAGGCUGACACUGAUUGUAAACAUAAUAUUGCUUACAAAUCUUGUUGAACAUCACUAGCCUUGGAAUGCUGCUAAAAGUUUUGUUUGUUUUGUUGAUUGUGUGUAUGUGUGUGUUUCACUGUUAAGAAAUGAUAGUGAGAGAAGGAGGUGUGAAGAGUUAAUACUUUUUAAAUUGACCCUUGGGAGAACUAAGAUAUGUAGUGGUCAGACAUAAUAACAGCACCUAUGUUUGAUUUAAUUUUGAAGAUACAGAUUUCAAAUUUGUAAAAGCACAGCAGGAGUAAAUCAGAAUCUAUAAAAAAAAAUUUGGAUAGUGGCAAAAUGUAUAACAUAUUGGGUGUAAUGAAAAAUGACAAUGGUAAAGUAAUUAAUAAGUGUGAUUGAAUAAAAUAUUAUACAAUAUGUUAAGAAACUUAGAAAAACAGCACAAAGUCAAUCACAAUCAAGAUCAUUGUAAAAUCAAAUUAAUGCUAUGGCAUGAAAAUGUUUUUGUUUAAAAGGUCAAAAUUGUAAUAGGAGAUCUGUGCAGUUUUGAGCAGUUGGUUUAAGAUUAUUGGAACAUAUUGAAGUUAAUUUAUGAAACACAUUCCUCUUUGCCAUGAGGAGUAAAAGCAGAAGAACACAGAGAAGUUCAAAUGUGGAUCAUAAAUUAUCUCUCAAAAGACGAGUUGGUGUGAUUCAGCCACACACUCAUAUAUCUAAACUGAACCUUUUUGAAACACAGUUACAUGACCAGGAGAGUCUGAUUAUGGCGGACCACUUUCUAGAAAAUCAGGAAUUGGCAGAAGCGGUAAAUGAGGCUAAGAGAUUGGAACUUAGGAGAACAGUGAGGGGUCAAUUAUUAACAAGAUGUGGAACAGAAUAUUGGAUUGCAGUUCACAAGGAUGAAUGUGUCUCUUGCUACAGGCAUCCUGUAAUGCAAAGAGUUGAAUUCAGUAUGGGACACUUCUGUCGAGAUUGUUUCAAGAGUGUUAAGAUAAUGACUUGGGUUAAUGAAGAUAAGACAACAGAGCAUUACUUGACAACUUUUAAUCUAAUGGAACGCACUAAUGCUGCGUUAUUUCUGACGUACCGAGAUAUACUCAAAAGGCUUCACCCAGAGGUUGAGGAAAUAUAUUAUGAUAUUGAUGAACACAAAGAUUGGACUAAAGAUAAAAGAGACCAUGUAGUACAUGAGCUUCAUAGAAGUAAAGCAUUGAGGGUUGUUAAACUUGAUGGAGUUCUUUAUCUCAUAGAGCUAAACAUCGAUGAUUGCAUCAAAAAGGAAAGGGUCUCAACUUCUGCCCCCCCAGUUCUCCAGAAGACUUCAAUGAUGACUGUGGCUCGUGGAGAAGUGCGUAAAAUGCAGGAGUCCAUGAUUCCGUUGAUUGGUCAUUGUAAACAAUGUAAGAUCAAUGGAAGGAGCCGCCAGUUCUUGUGUCAAAACUCUGAAGGAGAAUUGAUUGGUGCAUGCUACCAUGAGAUAACUGAUGGAAAAUUUAUAAAAGCAAAUUUUGGAGGCUAUCUGAACAUAGUGUUGCAAAGUGUAAAACAUUGGCCAGUAGGUGAUCAAGUAAAAGGAAUUAUAGUGGAAAGUAAUUGGGUAAGACCAAUACGCAAAGUUCCCUGGGUCAACAACUAUUUGAGUAUAUCUCAGCACAACAUUUUUACUAAUAGGGGUGAAAUGUACUUGAUGUUAAAAAAAUAUGAAAGGAGAGUUGGAAGAUAUCAGCCAUACUUAUGUUUGAAAAUGAGAACUUAAAGCUUGUAUAAUUUUGCAUGAAGGGGGUGUUGUGUAAGAUGCAAAUUAUCCAACCUUUAUAAGCCAAAUAAUACACCUAAUUUUAUAUGUAUUUCUUCUGAGCAAUAUAAACCGGUGGUUUGUUGUUUUAUACUCCUUUUACUAUGUUAAACUCUUUAUGUUACUUGAUACGCCUAGGGUGGCUUUGAUGUGAAGUAUUAUAAUCAUUGAGUUGGGAGUAUAUGCAUGACAGCUCUUAAAUUGCAUGUUUAACAAAGUGACACAUAUAUGGUUUUGUAUUUACUAGUUUAUUAAGAGUAGAGAGAUUGAUGCAUGUAUUAGAUAGAACAAAGCUUAAGGGAUACAUUACAGUUUAAAGCAUGAUUUAAAGACCUGUCUUCGUGGGAGAAAACGCAGAGGAGUUCGGAGAAGAACGACAAAGAGACUUCGUCAUAUAUUUAAGAUAUUAGGGGACUUUCCCAGUAGACGUAAGGAUGAAAGGCGUGCCAUGAGGCCCUGAAUAUGAUUCCUGGAAUUCAGACCUGAGACCGUGCCUAUAAAUUGAUGCUGGUGCAGAACUUAGGCAGAUCUGGAGAGCGCGCAGCAUCCAGCAUCUCCGUUGUCUGACAGCCUGAAAUCUUGUGUGCUCUAGACUUAGUACUUUUUAGAUUUUGUAUUUUUGUCUUAUUACUUUUAGUUAACUUGGUUUUUCUUAUUUCUUUUCUUUUUCUUUUUAAUUUGGCAAAACUUGUAAUCGCAACUAGCUAAAUUGUAUUAAUAAAUUUUUUAAAAAGACAAGAAGAAGUGUGCUUGCGUGAACUUAGCUCAAAUAAUCAACCACGGGGAAGUCUUCUAAUAAUUAUGUGAGUAUAAUCCAGUUUUCAGUUUCUAUCUUAUUUAAGGUAAUGUACGAUUGGUAUACUAGGGAAAUAAUUGUUAGAUUUGACUAUCCUUGCCUACCCUGAAUAGAAAGAAUAGGCAAAAGGUACAAA